UCGAGAAAAAUUUGAAGACAGCAAGAAAAAUCAGUCAAGAAAUAAAUGAGAAACAAGCUAGUAAAUCUUCUGAGGGAAGCAGUGGCAAUCAACCGUCUGAAAACCCAAAUCGAGGCAAACGUCCUUCUGGCUUACCAGAUAUGCCGAUGCCUCCGUUGUCAGCUGUCUUAGCAGCCAUAGCAGCAUUUGCUGCACUUUUUCUGGUAGCAAACAAAGGUAAAGAAAUAUCCUGGAAGGAAUUUUACACGGAAUAUUUGGAAAAAGGCAUUAUUGACCGACUGAUUGUGCACAGAACGUGGGUUGAAGUAAAAGUACGAGAGGAUGCGAGUGUUGGUAUCACUCCAUACUUUUAUAUUGGCAGUGUAGAUACGUUUGAACGAUCUUUGGCUGCCGCACAACAGCAUCUUGGAAUUACUCCGGAAAAUCAAGUCACCGUUAUUUAUAAUCCAGUCGACACAACGUCAAUGAUAAGCAAUUUAAUCCCUGUGGCCAUAUUAUUUCUGCUCGCGUGGCCUAUCAUUAGAAUGAUUUUUAGCUCAAGACGAUCAUCAGGCAGUCGUAUGGGAGCGAAUCCUUUUGGUGGUGGAGGUCCAUUUAAUAUGUUUGGAUUUGGACAAAGUACAGCAAGAUUGAUUAAUAAAAAUGACAUCGAUAUAAAGUUUAAUGAUGUUGCUGGUUGUGAAGAAGCGAAAAUAGAGAUAAUGGAGUUCGUUAAUUUCCUGAAAAAUCCAGAACAAUAUAAGAAACUUGGUGCUAAAAUACCGAAGGCAAUUUUAACUGGUCCACCGGGAACUGGAAAGACACUAUUGGCUAAAGCGACUGCUGGUGAAGCAAAUGUGCCGUUCAUAACAGUCAGUGGUUCAGAAUUUUUGGAAAUGUUUGUGGGCGUUGGACCAGCGCGUGUCAGAGAUAUGUUCUCCAUGGCUCGCAAAAAUGCACCCUGCAUAUUAUUUAUCGAUGAAAUAGAUGCUGUUGGAAGGAAGCGGGGUGAAGGCCGAUUUGGAGGGCAUUCGGAACAGGAAAAUACUCUCAAUCAACUGCUAGUUGAAAUGGAUGGUUUCUCUACUGAAGAAUCAUCGGUUAUUGUAAUCGCAGCUACAAAUCGUCCCGAUAUUUUGGAUGCAGCGCUACUUAGGCCUGGUCGGUUUGAUCGGCAGAUCUUCAUUCCUAUACCUGACAUCAAGGGAAGGGCUUCUAUAUUUCGUGUUCAUUUGGCGAAAUUGAAGACAAGUCUGGAUAAAGUGGAGCUUUCAAGAAAGUUAGCUGCUCUAACUCCUGGAUUUUCAGGAGCCGAUGUUGCAAAUGUCUGUAAUGAAGCCGCAUUAGUAGCAGCACGUGAUGCAGGAAAUGAAAUUAUCCUCAAAAAUUUUGAACAAGCUAUCGAAAGAGUUGUUGCUGGUAUGGAGAAGAAAAGCCAAGUUUUGCAGCCGGAAGAAAAAAAGAUAGUUGCGUUUCAUGAAGCAGGGCAUGCGAUUACUGGUUGGUUUCUAAAGCAUGCCGAUCCAUUGCUGAAAGUUUCAAUAAUACCACGUGGUAAGGGAUUAGGAUAUGCGCAGUACUUACCGAAGGAACAGUAUCUUUAUUCCACUGAACAACUUUUGGAUCGAAUGUGUAUGAUGUUAGGGGGACGUGUUUCGGAAGAAAUCUUUUUCGGACGUGUUACAACAGGCGCACAAGAUGAUUUGCAAAAGAUUACUGAGAUGGCAUAUUCGCAGAUUGUGAAGUUCGGUAUGAGCAAGAAAGUUGGUCCGUUAUCAUUUACAGAGGGUUCAACUUUUCAGAAACCGUAUUCUGAGACUACUGCUGAGCUUAUUGACCAAGAAAAGAUUGCGGAUUUGUAA